GUAUCUACACGGAAAGUUCUUCUCUUUGCAUUCACUACUUCUGCAGGAACUAACGGCUUUCCGUAUCUCAUCCGGUACCAUCAUCGAAGAGUUUAUCCAGCCCUAGCCAGUGUACACAGAAGUUCACCCUUCGUAGCCCAGAAUAUCUUGCCUGAUUCCAACAUAAAACCCUACCACAUCCUACUGCGGCCUGCGGACAUCGUCGCAAACAGAAGGGUCAAAGGUGAAGUAUUUUUGUAUGCAAGGACACUUCUUCAAGCGAAGGGCCGCACUACGGUACAAGUCAUUCGUCCUGACAUCGAUCACAAGGGGUCCUCAGUGUUGCUGAAUACUGUUUCUCACAUAGAAUAUUGAAUCACAGUGCCGCAGCCUAUGCCUUCUACUGAGCUGCGCGUGCUAUUCAAAUAGCUUGCGGAACGCCGUUCAGCAGCUAAAUUGGUCCAUUUCUUGAUGAUCAAUGCCUCUGAACACACUCUUCAAUACACUUAUACCCUUCUUGUUACGUCAGGUUAGCAGCAACUCUGAUGCUGGAGCCGUUGAUCUCUCUUGCUGAACGGAUGCAGUGCCUACUUUGAAGGCCUUAUAAAUGGGCUGUUACCUUGAGAUUCUCCACCAUCCACCAUGUUGGCUUUAAUAGCUUUGUUGCUGUUUUCUUUCUCGCAGUCUGCAACCUCUUCUCCGACCCGUUGUGGGUCAUUCGCCCUGCGUGGGUCUGCAGUAAAUGCUAUUGUUACAAAUACAACUUUCUACAGGGCCAAUGAUACUGUUGCGAUCACUAAUCCGUUCUCCAGCAUCGAUGUCAACAAUUUGCCAGCUUUUUGCAGAGUUGAGCUUUCUAUAACGACGAAUACCACCGCCAACUCCACCGCCCAUGCGGACGUUUGGUUACCCGAAUCUUGGAAUGGCCGUUUCUUGGGGUUUGGCAACGGAGGCUUCGGAGGUGGAGUGAAUGUCGCCGAUCUCGGUUUUGUCGCGGUAACGGAAGGCUUCGCCGGGAUGUCCACAGAUACAGGCCAUCUGUCUGAGGCUGUUGACGGCUCUUGGGCUGGUCCACACAACGACAAUGCGAUCGUAGAUUGGAGUUGGAGAGCUUUGCAUCUUAGUGUGGUCGCUGGGAAAGAGGUUGUUCGACAAUAUUAUGGCAAGCCUCACCAUAAAGCGUACUAUCUGGGCUGCUCUACAGGUGGGCGACAAGGUCUCAAAGAAGCGCAACGCUUUCCAGACGACUUUGAUGGUAUCGUGGUCGGUUCGCCUGCGAACUGGAUGGCGCAUUUACAGCCAUGGUCUAUCCAUGUGAGCCUGGAGAUCAUGCCGGUCAAUUCAUCUCGAUUUAUCCCCGCUGCCACCUGGGCCGAAGUCAUUCACCCAGAAGUUCUCAAACAAUGUGACAUUUUGGACGGGUUGGCAGAUGGUAUCCUGAAUGACCCUCGGAAAUGCAGUUCUCGACCAGAAACACUUGCAUGCCGCCCAGGACAGAACACGUCGACCUGUCUGAAUCUCGAUCAAAUCCAUGCCAUACACCAGAUCUUCUCAACAUAUUUCGAAACCAACCAGACCUUCAUUUUCAACGGAUACUACCCUGGUGGUGAAGUCGGGUAUCCUCAAGGUCUUGUGGGAGCCGUUCCUUUCCCGAUUCCGCAAGAUUAUUACCGGUUCUUCGUUAUUAACGAUACUACGUGGACUAUGGAUCUCCUGAACGACACAAUUAUUCGACUAGGUGAUUCGAUAGAUCCUGGGACCAUGGAUGUGAUCGAUCCGGAUUUGACUGCGUUCAUUGGUCCGUCGCGCAAGGGAAAGAUCUUGCAGUAUGUUGGGUGGGCGGACGAGCUCAUCAGCGUAGGCAAUUCUAUACAUUUCUAUGAGACCGUUCAUGCGUUCAUGCAAGCCAAUACCCACUUGAACAUCGAUGAUUCUUACCGUCUGUUUACGGUGCCGGGUAUGACGCAUUGGGCGGAUUUGGAGCGAACGCUUUUGGUGGUUCUGGUCAAGCGGCAGCCGACAUGCCUUCUUCGUCUUUUGAUGCCCAGCACGAUAUUCUCUCAGCUAUGAUAGAAUGGGUCGAGAAAGACGUUGCUCCCGAAAUCCUCACCGCCAUCUACUGGAAUAACAACAAUGUCAGCCAAGGAGUUGGUUUCACUAGACCCUUGUGCAAAUAUCCACAAAUGCUUGUCUUUACCGGUGGAGAACCUAGUCGGGCUACCAGUUUCCGUUGUAUGUGAGAAAAAUAUAAUUAAGUUAGUAACCCGCGCAUUUCACCUCUCCCACGCACAAUUGUCGAGGUUGGGUAAUGCGCCUACCAGUUGCUCCAAUUUCUUAUAUCAUGAUUCGUGAUGGACGCCAUGGACGCGGUACGUUACACAUGCGCAGUGGGUUCCAGUUCAACUCCAGUGUGAGGCCAGAAUUGGACUCACGUUGCUGUAGAAAGUCAUUGACCUUCCUUAUUCGCCUCGUGAUGAAUGGUGCGUGCCCACAAUGUACUGCAGUGGCGCAUUUGGCCUUCAAUCAAGUCUGCUGAAUUGA